AUGGUUGAGGUGUGCAUGUGUGGUCCAUCUUCAGUUGGAGCACCCAAAGCUGCAUUAAUGACUCAACUUUGCCCCAAAAAGGAAGGCCUUAGGGAGCCUCGAGUGUCAACAAAGGCAAAAGGUCGGCCACCUAGAAGGGAAAACGCUCGUGAUCCUUCUUGGCAUGAGAACGCUGCCGAACGCCAAGGUGAAGGAGCACAAGGAGGAAGGCAAAAACCUCAGAUGAUACAGGUUAUUAUUGAAUAA